CAACCUUAUUAAUUUCUACAAAUACCUCUCCCCCUCUAUAUGCAUUAGAGUAUUCUCAUGACUAAGAUGGAGAAAAGACCAUGCAAUGAACCUGAAGUGAGGAAAGGCCCAUGGACUAUGGAAGAGGAUCUCAUUCUUAUAAACUACAUUGCUAACCAUGGUGAAGGUGUUUGGAAUUCACUAGCUCGAUCCGCCGGGUUGAAGCGCACCGGAAAAAGUUGUCGUCUCCGGUGGCUGAACUACCUCCGGCCGGAUGUGAGAAGGGGCAAUAUCACGGCGGAGGAGCACCUUUUGAUCAUAGAGAUGCAUGCUAAAUGGGGUAACAGGUGGUCGAAAAUUGCAAAACAUUUAUCCGGAAGAACCGACAACGAGAUAAAAAAUUAUUGGCGAACUCGAAUUCAGAAGCACAUAAAACAGUCUGAGAAUUUCUCCACUUUGCCCUUAAGCAAUAUCGAAGAACCAGUCUUCACUAACCAAGUUCACUCCAGUUGUGUCCCUGCGGAUCAUGCACUUAGCCAAUCAUAUGCGCCAAUUAUUGCUACUUCUUCCUUUCAAGGAAAUAUGCAAAGUUUUCAAGGCCCUAAUUUUCCAACUCAAUCAAAUGAUCACAAUACUUGGGGCAUGGAGGACUUUUGGUCCAUGCAACUACUUCAUUGAGAGUAUUUAUAUAUUUAUAUCUUUUAUAAAAAAAAUCAUAUCAAAUUAUUAUCUUUUCUAUUCAAUAAUUGAAUUUUAAGAAUUGUUGCGGAUUUAGAUGGGGUGGGAGUCGAUUGAUCCAUCGUCAACCCAUACGUGCUGGAAAACUUCAUUAUCUCUAGCUUUUAGAGUUGUCGUUAGUCCCAAGGUGCAACAGUUCCACCCCAACCCUUUAGUAUUGGAAUCACUUCCGUUAUUUGUCUGUCAUCCAUUUUAGUGACGCCCGUCACAAUACGCUGGCUACCGCCUUAUUCACUAUGUACACUCUCAUGAGUUUGAUUUUCUAGAUCUAUCAUUAUCUCAACUGGAUAAAGAGUUUAGUUUGUAUAUUACUACUAAAGUGUACAUGGAUAUUGAUUUAUAUUUUCAA